AUGUCAUCCACGCUGCAGGAGCUGUUCAUCCCUGCGCACGACGGAGCUCCCGAGCCCCCUCGCAAUAAGGUGACGGUGGUGGGGGUGGGCCAGGUGGGCAUGGCCUGCGCCGUCAGCAUCCUGCUCAAGGAGUUGGCGGACGAACUGGCGCUAGUGGAUGUGAUGGAAGACAAGUUGAAGGGGGAGAUGAUGGACCUUCAGCACGGAAGUCUCUUUCUCAAAACACACAAAAUUGUAGCCGAUAAAGAUUACUCGGUGACGGCUGACUCACGUGUGGUGGUCCUGACAGCGGGUGUGCGGCAGCGGGAAGGCGAGAGCAGGCUGGACCUGGUGCAGAGGAAUGUCGACAUCUUUAAGAGUAUCGUGCCGCAGAUAGUCACAUACAGUCCGCACUGCGUCAUCAUUGUAGUCUCCAACCCAGUGGAUGUGCUGACCUACGUGACGUGGAAGCUGAGUGGGCUCCCCAAGCACCGCGUGCUGGGCAGCGGCACCAACUUGGACUCGGCCCGUUUCCGCUUCCUGAUGGCCGACAGGCUAGGCGUGCACCCGAGCGGUUUCCAUGGCUGGAUCAUGGGGGAGCACGGUGAUACCUCAGUGCCCGUGUGGAGCGGCGCAAACGUGGCCGGCGUCAGCCUGCGGGUGCUCAACCCCGACGUCGGCACCGACGUCGACCCAGAGAACUGCAAAGAGACGCACAAGAUGGUAGUGGACAGCGCCUACGAGGUGAUCAAACUGAAGGGUUAUACCAACUGGGCCAUCGGGCUGAGCGUGGCCGACCUGACGGAGAGUAUUGUCAGGAACCUGAGAAGAAUACAUCCCGUAUCCACCAUGGUGCAGGGCAUGUACGGGAUCACAGAGGAGGUGUACCUCAGCAUUCCAUGCGUAUUAGACGGUGGCGGCGUGGCCAGUGUGGUCCACGUGAGCCUGUCGGACGACGAGGCGGCCCAGAUGCGGGCCAGCGGCAGCGCACUUUGGGACAUCCACAAGGAGCUGCAGGACCUCUGA